UGUAUGGGUGGUGAUGGGAAUCAAACCCACUACAAUGGCGUUGCAAGCGUCAUGCUCUAUCAACUGAGCUACGAAGGAGCACGUCAACGUAAUUAGAAUGAUGAGCAAUUUUAACGGAUUCUAAAGGGAAUCAUAGAAUUCCAAACUCAUUUCUAUGGCAACACAGUUGGCAAUUUUGUAAACAAUACUUUUCGAACGUGUGUUGCCAAGAGACGUCUAACCGACGUUCUAUGGAACGUUUUCUGUGCGAAAACAACAACUUCAGUUUGCUGCUGAUAACAAACUUGAUAGAUUUUUGACACCUGAGAUAGAAGAACAAUCGACUGGAAAAUGCCUGGGUGCUUUUCAAGACUGGCGGAGAGAGUGCGUGGACGUCGGCGGACUACUGCGUCGACAGGUUGUUCAAAUUCAUUUGUGGCUUGUUUUUCUUGUAUUUUUCUGUUUUGCAGGGUUCGUGAUCGUCGACAGGUGGACAGCGACUUCGAAGAGGAACAAACUGUCCUGAAUGAGGUCGUUGGAUGUGCCAUUGGAUGAUGUCCCAGAUGUUCCACAGCUGCCAGUCCUCCUUGAUGUCCAGAAUGCUGCUAUCAUCCUUGAGGAUGUGCCAGAUGUGCAGACUAUCCUUGAGGAGACCACUGGCAAUUGGCAGUUGAUUCCGAUUAGGUUCAGCCCCCUGUACUGUGGGCCUGUUGUGAUCAGGAACAAUGCCGGUCCGGUGGUUAAAGCUUGGGGAACUUUCCAGUUCAUCAGCCCCAUCAUCACCUACAUGCGUGGGGGAUCCCAGCAGGUGGUGGUGAGGAUGCACCACGUGAGUAGGGUGAGAGGCCUGGAGACUCAACUGGUGUGGGCCAUCUCCAAGGAGACAGCCAGGCUUAGUCCAGAGGGUAUCCCCUACUGUGCCACCAAAGUGCAGUCCAUCACUUGGAUCCAGCGUGUGGCUGGCAGGGUGACCCACUAUGCGUCUCACCUCCGCCACGAGACGUCUGUGGACGUGACGCUUGGCUGCUACCAGCAGACUGAUGUCUCAGUGGUGUACACCACUCUCCACAUGGGGCUGGACGGGCUUCUCUCCUCUUCAGCGUGGUCGGAGGCUGCCUCCUUCUCUACGCCCACCACUCAGCAGUUCACUGACCCAGAGCCUGAGGGCCACAACUGCUAUGAGGGCUGGGAGGAGGACCUGCUGCCUGAGGAGAGGGAGGUUCCUCUGCUAAACCUCUACCUUACCACCAAGAGAGUGGAGGACAUCGCCCUGAGGCUCGUCUCCCUGCGCCAGGCCUUCACUACCCUGCUUGGUUCCACCCUGAGCAGGAACCAUCUGUUUGUGGCGGGAAAGGUCCUCCUGGGCGCACUGGUUCAGGCCAACCACAUGGACGAGGCCAAGUUCAUCCGUACCUAUAAUGACUUUGUGGACUACCUGAGUGACCCCUCCAAGCGGAAUGACAUUGAGAGGGAGCUGGCUGAGGCAAAGAUCCAUCAUGUGAACAUGAUAGAUGUCCUCUUUGAGCUGGUGCUGUUUGGGAUGAUGACAGCUCAGAAGUCCCUGAUGGUGCACCCUGGUGGGUUCGUGGAGCGUCUGUACGCUCUCCUGUACUCCUUCCUGCCCACUGCUGCCAACAUGGAGCCAGAGGCUGACAGAUACCUGCUGCUGCUCAAUGAUUCUUGUGACACUUUGCCACCCAACAGGGAUCUAGACACCAAUGCACUACAUUACUUUGCACUGAAUUUUACAUUUUUAAAUUAAAAUAAGUUGUAGUUCAAAAACA